UAUGUCAUUUUGUGGCAAAAGAAUCCAGUCAUGGGCCCUCGGGCAGUCCCAUAAUAUUUCUUUCCUCAAACUCGGUGUUGAUGACUAUAUUUCCUGGUCAUUGCUCUUAAGGGCUUAGCAUGCCCUACUUUUUCAGGGUGAAGAGACAAGUCAUAGCGAUGCUUGGUUGAUAUUUACAUAAAGACUCACUGAAUCCUCUGGCACCAGGAACCAGCAAAUAUUGAGUGUCAGGCAGUCCCAGCCCAAGUGAGGCAGAACUUCCUUCCUUCCACAUGUGGAUAAAAUGCUUGGGACCUGUUGGAGUCAGUCAGAGCACCUGAGUGCAGAGGAAGCCAUAGUCCAUAAUAACAGAUUACAGUAAAAGAACUAGGAGUCCUAGAAAACUUUCCAGAGCCCUUGGAUGCAGAUAGAACCUUAACUUUGGAUCCAUGGACAAGAGCAUCUCCUAGACAAAGACCAGCUGCUGACAACCUCCUCUCUAUUAUCUGAUCUACCUUGUCCUCUUCACAGGAAGCUCUGAAACCAUCAUGGCUACCACACAAUCGGUAGAUAGUCCCAGAAUCUUUGGUGUUUAUGAUUCUCAACAAAUGGUGUGGAUCCUGAAAGAAACUUCAUUAAUAGCAACUCCUUUUAGCAGAAAUGUCAGACCUGUCAGUCUUGAUUUAACAACAUGUACAGACAAAGAAUUUCAUGAUGCAGGAAAAGGCAAUCCAGUUUACUUGGGAAUCGAGGGCAACCAUCUUUGUCUCUUCUGUGCAGAAAUUCAGGGCCAGCCUACUCUGCAGCUUAAGGAGAAAAAGAUCAUGGAUAUGUCCAAGGAGAAGAAAGCGCAGAAGCCCUUUCUCUUUUUCCAUAGUAGGGAGGGCUCCACCUCCACCUUUGAGUCUGUCUCCUACCUGGACUGGUUCAUAGCCAAUUCCAAAAUGGCAGGUCAGCCUGUCAUUCUUACCAAGGAGAGGGGCAAAAAUUAUACCACUAACUUCUAUUUAGAUCCUCAGGACUAAAUUCAGCCUGGGCUGUGGGUGGCUGAUUCCAGAAGAGAGGAUCAAGCAGUCAGAGAAUCUUCCAUUCCAAAACACAAUAGGUCAUCUUGAGAGACCUCCAUGCACUGAUGCCCAUCCGUAGUCCCCCUCAUUCUCAUCACCCAAAACCACCUCUUCCUUUAGAUAUCCAUUUCUGCACCAUGUCUCCCCUGAACAUCAUCCUAGUAUAAAACCUGAGUUACUUUUUAUUCUUUCCUGAUCUUGUCCCACCAUCCACUUAUCUGCCAUGUCCAGUUAAAUCAACAUCCAAAAUGCUUCCUGUACACACCUCUCUCUUUUGCUUCUGACGACCUAUGGCCUAGAGAUGUGAGUUCCAAACAUUUUUGUUCAUAGAACCCUAUCAAUAAAAGAGUAUUAUCU